GCGUGGCUGCGAAACCGGGGUCUCUUUCGCUUUCCCUUUUGUUCCCUCCAACCGCCGCCGACACUCCGCGCCGGUGAGGAGCGCGCGGCUUCCCGGGCGCUCCGGUUUCCGCCCGCGCCCGCACCGCCCGGGAGCACAGCACCUUCCCGGCUCCGCGCAGAGGCUGCGCCACGUAGCCUUGACCUGCGACUCCCCUGCAGCUCCCGCGGACGCACCAACGAAUCGAUUCGCACGCUGGAGGCGACGGAGCCGCGGGGUCGUCCCGAGGCCAAGAAGUCCCGCGCGCCAUGCAGUCCCCUCCCGACUGGCCCCCGACGCCCGGCACCCUGCGGCCCUCUCCCUUCCCGCACCCUGCCCUGCACGCCCUGCACCGCCUGGCCCGAGCCCUGCUCUUUCCGGCUUACUGGGCGCUGGACCAGCUGCUGGGCUGCGGGGCGCCGCUGGCGCGCGCGAACCGCCGCCGCGCGCUGAGAGCGGCCGCGGGCGCCGUGGGGGCGCUGCUGCUGCUGCUCCUGGCCGGCCUGCCCCUCGCCCUGCCCGGCCUGCUGCUCUGGCUGCCCCUGCAAGCUUGGCGCCGCCCCUUCUGCUACCGGCCCCCUCCGGAGUGCUGGACGCCCCCGGCGCCCUGGCGCCCCUCCGCUGAGCCCGCGCGCUGCUUCGGCUUCCUCAGCGCGAACCUGUGCCUGCUGCCCGACGGCCUAGCGCGCUUCAACAACUUGCGGCACAGCCAGCGGCGCGCCGAGGCCAUGGGCGCCGUGCUGCUCGCCGGCCUGCGGCCCUCGCGCUAUGGGACUACGGGCUGCAGUCCGCCAGGGCCGGGGACGCCCGGUGGGUCGCUGAUAGCCGCGGUGCCGGCGGGGCUGGACUUCGUGUGCCUGCAGGAGGUGUUCGACCUGCGCGCGGCGCAGCGCCUCGUCCGCCGCCUAGCGCCCUAUCUGGGCCCGGUGCUGUACGACGUGGGCUCCUUCGGCCUGCAGCCCGGACCGCACCUCAAGCUGCUCGGCAGCGGGCUGCUGCUGGCCUCGCGUUAUCCGCUGCUGCGCGCCGCCUUCCGAUGCUUCCCCCACGCACGGCGCGAGGACGCGCUGGCCUCCAAAGGACUGCUUUCCGCGCAGGCGCAGGUGGGCAUCCUGGACGGGCGCCGCAUCGUGGGCUUCCUGCACUGCACGCACUUGCAUGCGCCGAGUGGGGACGCGCCCUUGCGCUGCCAACAGCUGACGCUUCUGCUGGACUGGAUCCAACAGUUUGAAGCCCAGAGCCGCCCGGGGGGCGAUGCCGUGGCCUUCAGCGUGCUUCUGGGUGACCUAAACUUCGACAACUGUUCUUUAGGUGAGGGGGAAGCCGCAGGGGGCGGGAUCAGCGCCUGGCCCCGCCCACCGAGCGCUGGCCUCGCCCCCGCAGACCACGCAAAGGAGCAGGAGCACGAGCUCUUCAGCCACUUCCGGGACCCUUGCCGGCUGGGCACUCGCCGGGAGCAGCCCUGGGCCCUGGGCACGAUGCUGAACACCUCCACCCUGCGCCACUCGGUGGCCUGCUCUUCCGAGAUGCUGCGGAGGGCCCUGGAGCAGGAGGAGGGGCGCCACCGCUACCUGGCAGGCCCUCCAGGCGAGGGCCCCCGGACUAAGCCUUGGCGGGGCCGGCGCGUGGACUAUGUCAUGUACCGGGGAGUGGCCGGAGGCCGGCUGAGCCCAGAGGUGGAGCACGUGACCUUCAGCACCGCCCUGGCGGGGCUCACUGACCACCUGGCCGUGGGACUUCGGCUCCGAGUGUCUGUGCCCUCCUGACGCACGCACGCAGGCGCUGGCCCGGGUGGAAAGACGGACACGGAGGCAGAGCGUGAGCCUGGCCAGUUGCCGCGGGGACGGGGCGCCUUAAGAGCUGUUUAUUGUGGGGGCCGUGCCUCACACUGCCUCCUGGGCCCUGCGGUACUCGUAGACGCUGCCGCGCUCGGGGAAGGCUGGGGGCUGCUGGGGCGACCCCGGCGGCGGUGGCGGCGGGGCGGGGUCAUCCGGGUCCCCGUAGCCCCCACCGCCCGGUGUGUGCAGGCAGAACACGUCCUGUGGAACAGGGGGACAGGCUCAGCGCGGGCAUGCCCUCCCCGCCAGACUGCCUCCCGCUGCGGCCCCAGCCAGCCACCCCUUCCUCCACCGCGGCCCGCCUGGACUACGGAGGCCCAGCGCGCGCCCUCUGUCCUUCAGAAACCAAAUUAAAUUCAGUUUCCGGUCA